AUGCCUAUACCACUCUUACGAUUCCCGUAUGUUGUCCAAAAGGAAAUUUUCAAAUCAAUGGAAUAUUGCGAAGUGUUCAUAAUGUCACUUUGCUCGAAACAAAUAAAAUAUUUUGUGAUUCGAGCAAAACGAAGGGUACCUAAGAUAUGGUACGUUGUGUUCCCUAGCCGUAAUCUCAUUGCAGUCGAAGAAGAGUCCGGUCAGGUGGAAACGGUUAUCGCGAUUGUUGAGACGCCGGAGCUGAAUGAGAUGAAAUCAACAAUGGAAUUGAAAAUUGGAGAACAUUUCAAAGGAUACGGAACAAUGAAAACUAUAAAGAGCAAAUGCAAUCAUGAAUGCUGUUUGGUACAUCUGCCGGAGACUGACGGAACACUUACAAAUGCAUUGUAUGAGCAUGUCAAAUCAUUAUACCGGUAUACAGAACCAUGUGGACUGGAAGUGCAUGUCAAGACAUUCACCAAAGUAGUUCCAAUAUACGAAAAUGUGAAUAGGAUAUAUGUGAGAGGAGAGACAUUCCUAGAUAGGAAAGAUAUGGACACUCUAUUGGCUAAGUAUCCUAAUGUGACUAAUUUAAUGAUUGAACCAACAACCAAUUGGGAGUUGAUGGAUACGUCGAAAUCGAGUCUUAAAAUCGAAAAUGUUCAUAUGUCGUAUACCGGUCGAUUUGGAGCAAGUUUUCUAUCGAAAUUCACUGGUCGAAACAUCAGUUUCUCCGAGGCGGUAUUCACGGAGGCGGAGCUUAACCAAUUCAUAGGAAGAUGGAUGAGAAGUGAAGCAUAUCAUAAUUUGGAAACAGCCAAUCUCGGAUUGACUCCUCCUGAUAAUGGCCUCAAUACAGAUCUAGUAUUCGAUCAGUUGGAAACAGAAGCAUUUGAUCCCACGAAACGGCCACAAUGGUAUCAAUUCAGUAACAAACUGUUUAAUAUGGUAUUUUUGCCUAUCGACUUCAGCGGUGACAACUGUUUUGAUGUGAUCAGAGAAAGUGAUGGAAAGAGAGCAUCGAUUCUGUUCGAUGUCAAUGUUUCGAUUAUUGUAUUCACAUUUCUGGUUUGGAAUUGA